CUGAGCAGGAAGGCUGAUGACACGCACUGACCGGUUUCUGGGCUUGGACUUCUACAGAGGGAUCUAAAAACAGCAGACUAGAAGGAGUGCAGAAGUGCACAAGGAGACAACCUUGAAGAUAAAUCAAAUUUUAAAAAGCUGAUCAUGGACUACGCUGAAGGUAUCUUGUCCCUUACCACAACCAUCAAAAAGAUGGUUGACACUAUGAAGUCCAAUAAGGAGUACUGCAGUCGGAUUGCAGACAGAGUCAAAGCUGUUGAAGGACUGGUUUUAAACAUCAGACAGAGGGAUCCAAGCCAAAUCUCUGAUACUGUCGAUGGAGCUCUGAGGGAACUCUACGUCAUCUUGAACUCUGCCAAGAAUCUGAUGGCAAAAUUCUCUCAAACCAAGGCUGUUAAGGGUUUCUUUAGGUCUAGCAGCAUUGAGGAAAAGUUCAGCGAGGUGAACCAAAGGCUCACAGAGAACUUCCAGGUCCUUUCUGGUGCUCUGCAGAUUGAGCACACCACCAUGCUGCAAAAGGUGUAUAAAGCUGUUUCGAGACAAAAUACUGAGGAAGAGGUUUGCAGUAUGAUGGCUAAUACUAGUCUCACAACCCCUAUGUUUCCCCCUGCCCCGGUGUCAAGUCCUACAGUUCCUAUGCUUCCCUUUGCCCCGAUGUCAAGUCCUACAGUUCCUAUGCCUCAGCCUGCACAAGUGUCAAGUGCUACAGUUCCUAUGCUUCCCUUUGCCCCGAUGUCAAGUCCUACAGUUCCUAUGCUUCCCUUUGCCCCGAUGUCAAGUCCUACAGUUCCUAUGCCUCAGCCUGCACAAGUGUCAAGUUCUUCAGUUCCUAUGUUUCAGCCUGCUCCAGUGUCACACCCCCAACAUCCUCAGCUUCCUCCUACACCUGUUUCUAGCCCUACAGGUCCUAUAUUUACAUCCAUACCAAUGUCUAACCCUACAGCUGCCAUGCCUGUCACCUACGUUAUGUCCCCUACACCUUAUGUGACACAGCCUGUCUACAAUACUACAACAUCCCGCUUUAUCGUCACCAACAACAUAGCCUCCAGACCUGUCAUGCAAGCCAUUUCUCAGGGGUCAGUCACUGGCAUCAGAACUCUUGCUCCAAUCACUCUUCCAGCCCAAACCAUGCCCAUUGUGUCAGCUUAUGUGGUCAAGAAUGCUUUUUUACGUUAAAACAAGACAAACGUUUUGCUAAUGGAAUUUGCUUACAUUGAAUACAGUUAAGAUACUGCUUUCAAGAGUGCAGUCAGGCUCAACAUCUUGCUCAUCUUCACAUCAACCACAUGUUUCCUGGUUGGCUGCCCUUGUGAACACAAAGUUUGUGUAGCUGGCAGCCGGGGCUUCUGUGCCUGACAUGAACAUUUUAUGUUUUUUAUAUUAUGGUUAUUCUCUCUCACUGGUAUCCUAUGCAGCAAAGAAUAGAAAAAAAACUGUGUGAAACUGAGUGUUUAAUUGAGCUUUGUACUUACAGGGAUUACUUGUACAUACCCAGAUCAACAUUUGAAAGUUUGGACAUGUUUGAAAUGAGCAUCCACCAUUGGUACAGGAUAUAUGACAGAAAACCUGCACGCUCUUUGGACACAGCUUGCUAAUUAAGCUAGCUAGCAUGAGGUGAUUAUUGUGCCCUCCACCCUCUCAUUCACUGGAUCAUCCAGUGGUCACAUCUGACUGCAAAAAACAAAUAUACAAGCAGCCCAAAUACAAUCACUGAGGCUCUAGCUGACAUCAUG